GUCGUCUCUUUUCUCUUUCUGGUUCUCAAAAAUGGUGGCAUCCUUUAUUCCAUCAGACACCAAUAACUCCUCGCACUCUCCGCUCCCCUGAUUUCAAAACACGCACUCACACAGUCGCGCAGAUUUAUCCAUCUGAAACAACAUUUUUAUUUUUAUUUUUUAACAAACCAAAAAAAAAAAAAAACCCAAUCAUCAAUCAAAAAACACACACAAAUUUGUCAACCAAAUAAUUGUUUGUUUGUUCCUUCCUCCCCCUUCCUUCCUUCCUUCCUUAAAUUCUCUCACACCUCUCCAAUCCAACAACGAUUCACAACCAUCCCAUUCUCCACAAACCAAGAAAACUCCCCCCGCAAAGAAAGAAAAAAACACACACAACAAGCACCUACACGACAAAUCCUAAAGCAAUCAAGCUUUUUCUUUCCAAAAUAAUUUUAAUUUUUGCCAUAAAGGGAUUCUUUUAUAUUCUAAUUUGAGUUCUAUUACUGUGUUUUUAGUGGGGUAUAUUUGGAUGGUGGUGGUGUUUCUGUAAAUGAUUAUGUAAUGCAUCAGAAGAAAUCUGAAGUUCAGAUCGGAAAAGAAAGCAGCGGCAUCUCUUCCGAUUUCAAUCCCACCCCUGUUAUUGUUGCUCCGGCACUUCAUUACAAACAGCAUAAUUCGUCACAGGGUUAUUCCAGUUACAGCCCCAAUUUCGGUGCAACGCUUUCAUCUCCGGCGCCGCCGUCUUCGCCGUCUUCCACCGUCUCCGAUCAUAGUAAUAAUAAGAUUAACAGCUCCAGCCUUCAUAUUAUCAUCAAUGAAAAUGACCCAAUCGCCUCCGUUGCUUCUCCGACCACGAAGACCACCCCUCACAAGAGACCCCAUCUGGGCCAUUCUCAGUUUUCCACCAAAUCUUCGAAUUCCCUCAUAAAGUCGCCAACUUUGUCCAAUUCCCUGCAUAAAUACCCUUUCUCUUCGACCCCUAUCCCCAAGUCUCAACCUUUGUACAGAUUCCUGAGCAAUUUCCACCACCGCCGCCUCCUCCGCCACGUUCAGCUCCGGCGACUGCGUGUCCACCUCCGUUUGGUUCUCCUUCUCUCCCUGCCGUUCUUCUAUUUCCUUGUCUCCCACCCCAGCCACUCGUUCAUCCUUGAUUUUCUCUCUGCCUUUGCUUUCUCAGCUGCUUUGUUAUUUUCCCUCAAUUUAGCACUUCCAAGGCUUCCUUCAAUCAGGCUGUUCUUGUCCCGAUCGCUUCCCAUCAAGCUUUCAUUAUCUAAACAAGCUUCUGGUACUAACCGGGCACCUUUGCCUGUUUUUUGGUCAAUUGGGUCGCGGCCUAAGACUGAAAAAAAGGCUAAUUCAGGAUGUUGGGUGCAAGCAUAUAGUAAUGGCGAUGUGUAUGAGGGUGAGUUUCAUAAGGGGAAAUGCAGUGGUAGUGGGGUUUAUUACUAUUACAUGAGUGGUAGGUAUGAGGGGGAUUGGGUUGAUGGUAAGUACGAUGGAUAUGGUGUUGAGACAUGGGCUAGAGGCAGCAGGUAUAGGGGCCAGUAUAGACAGGGACUCAGGCAUGGUUUUGGGGUGUACAGAUUUUACACAGGAGAUGUUUAUGCUGGGGAGUGGUCGAAUGGGCAGAGUCACGGCUGUGGUGUUCAUACUUGUGAUGAUGGUAGCCGGUAUGUAGGCGAGUUCAAAUGGGGUGUAAAGCAUGGAUUUGGUCACUACCAUUUCAGGAAUGGAGAUACAUAUGCCGGGGAGUACUUUGCUGAUAAGAUGCACGGAUUUGGAGUUUAUUGUUUUGCUAAUGGUCAUCGGUAUGAAGGAGCCUGGCAUGAGGGAAGAAGGCAAGGUCUUGGAAUGUACACUUUCAGGAACGGGGAAACCCAGUCUGGUCAUUGGCAAAAUGGAAUUCUCAAUGUUCCUAGCACACAGAACUCAUCCUAUCCAGUAUCACCUGUUGGAGUUUACCAUUCUAAGGUGCUCAAUGCAGUUCAGGUAAAUUUAUAUCUAAUUCUUGCCAUUAUUUUUUUAAAAGUUUGAAGGCAUUUUAAGUUCAGUGAUGGUGCAGAACUCGUUUAAAGUCUGGCAUCCUGAUCUGUAAUGAAUUCUUAUCGUUGGCUUUUGUUUUUACUUCACAAAUUGGAACUGUUUGGGCACAUCUAUAUGCCAAUUUGUUGACUUUAAAGGGGGUGGACCAUUAGCUAUAACUACGGAGUACUUAAAAAAAGAAAGGAAAGAAAAAAUAAUGAGUAUUCUUAAGCAAAGGGAUGAUUAAAAUGGUAGUCUCCAUAAUCUCUACCCAAGUUCAGAGCAUUAUGCGUUCUUCAAAUACUUGAAAAUCUAAAUACACAUUUAAAAAAGCAUUUCGAAUAAGUUAAUUCUGAUAUUUAACAUCUGUAAUCCAGGAAGCACGGCGGGCAGCUGAGAAAGCUUAUGAUGUGUCCAAGGUGGAUGAGAGGGUCAACCGGGCAGUGGCUGCUGCUAACAGAGCAGCAAAUGCAGCUAGAGUUGCUGCUGUAAAGGCUGUACAGAAGCAAAUGCAUCGCCGAAGUAACAGCAAUGAGAUUCCAAUUCCUAUCGGUUAACAGUUAAGCAUGACAACCCUCUCUAACUACUACAUGCAUUAGGCCCCUGGUGAGACGAAUGUCUGUUAAAGAAGGAUGACACCUGCAUUAUUUCCUUAUAUCCCCCGUUUUCUUACUAACUAAAGUGAAUAAUAGAGAUCACUUUGCUUCGCCUGAGAGUGUGAUUAUCUUUGCUCACCAUUUUUGUGGUGCGACGAAGAAUUGCUGACAAUUUAGUGGAAUGGCCUCCCCUAGCUUUAUUUUUAGCUGGCUGAGUGAGAGAAAUGCGAUCCCCCUCUGCCUCUUCUUCUGUGGGUUUGUUUUGCUGUUUCUUGCUUCCAAAUGUAGUUUUUGAUUGUAAAGUUUUAGCUAGUUAAAACUAGAACUGGACGAUGAGGAAGAUCUCAAUGAUCCAGUCGGCCUUGUAUGCUAUGGUUAAUUAAUUUCGAGCAAUUAUGAAAAUUACCAGCAGAGAAAUUUCAGUUUAAUUCCUCAUUGUCCAAGAGAAUAUUUAUUCAUUUCCCAUACAAAAGGCAGUUUCCUUUUUUUCUUCCAGUUUGAUUCGUUUUCCCUACAGGUUUCCUUAUCUCGCUUGUUUUGUGUCAUAAACGACGAACUGAAUGUUCUAUUCCGUAGUUUCCUUAUGCACAGUGGUGUAACUGAUGUUGGAUUAUACUCCUCCUCUCCCC